AUGUCAACCCGCUCAAAAGCAACCUUCGCCGCCUCCUGCGUCUUCACCGCCUCAACAAUAGCCGCAGUCUACUACUGGCAGGACAUGAGCUUCCAGACACGACGAGUCGGCCUAGUACGAGAUGACGAACGCCGAGCGCAAUGGCGGGAGAACGUGCGUGAGUUGGAACGGCAGGAGGCGUUGAGGAAGAAAUUGGAGGUGGGGCAGAGCGUUACGCAGACUUCGUAG